AUGCCUUCGCUGCUCGACUCGCCGUCGCCGCCACAGAUCCCGGCCGCCGGCGCCUGGGGCUCGCUGUACUACGCUGUCCAAGAACCCGUGAAACCUCGUCACGUGACGACCGUCGUCCCCGCGGCUGCAGUUGCCAAGAAGCCGGCGUACGGCGGCGGCAGGAAGAAGAACCUGGAGACGUGCACCGAGGAGCUCGGGUGCGAGACCGGCGCCGUCGACGCCGCGCCGGCCUGUAACGGCGCCGACGACAAGGGCGACGGUGGUGAAGUGGAGGAGGCUGAGUGCGCGGAGAGGAAGCGGCGCGCCCGGGAGGAGGAGAUGGAGAUGGAGGGGAGGGCACGCCAGUCGUCGGCGCGCCGGCCUCUGCCCCCGCCGCUGACGACGCUUGCGCGCGGCGCCAGCCGCGUGCGGAUGGUUCACGAGCGGCGCGACGGCCGACUGGCCGUGUACGCGUCACGCACGCCCGGGGUGGAGGCCGAGCGGAGCGGCGGCCGCCUUCGCAUGCGCCUCAUCUCCCUCCCCAGCGCCAGCGGCUCCACCGCUUGCCGCCGACAAGAACCACGAGAUGCAGAGGCGAAGGAGGAGGUGGUAGAGGCCAAGGUUGAGGAAGAGGAGUGCCACUACCAGAUGUACGUGCGCGGCGGCCGUUGUGUCGAGGCGGAAGGUGCUGCGGCCGCGGCGAGGCGGCAAGCAGUGGGAGCCGGAGCAGGCUGCCGCGUUCUGGGUCGCCACCUCCUGAACAGAACCAAUGAUGGAUUAGUCGUGCCCUACUGA